AUGAACAGCCACAGCUACAAUGGCAGCGUGGGGCGGCCGCUGGGCCUGCUGGGCCGCGAGCCCACGGAGCCCGAGGCCGGCCACCCCGCCGCCCCGCCGCUGCCCGGCCUGCAGGUGGUGGUGGCCGGCCGCGAGCCGCGGGGCCGGCGGCAGGAGCAGGAGGCCGAGGCGGAGGACGAGGACGAGGACGACGGGCCGGGCAGGGCGUCGGGGCGGCCGGCCACCGCGGGUCACCGCCUGGGCCACCGCCGCGCGCUCUUCGAGAAGCGCAAGCGCCUCAGCGACUACGCGCUCAUCUUCGGCAUGUUCGGCAUCGCCGUCAUGGUCACCGAGACCGAGCUGUCCUGGGGCGUGUACUCCAAGGAGUCUCUGCAUUCCUUCGCUCUCAAAUGCCUCAUCAGCCUGUCCACCGUCAUCCUCCUGGGACUUGUGGUCCUGUACCACGCACGUGAGAUCCAGCUGUUCAUGGUGGACAACGGUGCGGACGACUGGCGCAUCGCCAUGACGUGCGAGCGCGUGUUGCUCAUCUCGCUGGAGCUGGCGGUGUGCGCCAUCCACCCGGUGCCGGGUCACUACCGCUUCACGUGGACGGCACGCCUGGCCUUCACGUACGCGCCGUCGGUGGCCGAGGCCGACGUGGACGUCCUGCUGUCCGUGCCCAUGUUCCUGCGCCUCUACCUGCUGGGCCGCGUGAUGCUGCUGCACAGCAAGAUCUUCACGGACGCCUCCAGCCGCAGCAUCGGCGCGCUCAACAAGAUCACCUUCAACACGCGCUUCGUCAUGAAGACGCUCAUGACCAUCUGCCCCGGCACCGUGCUGCUCGUCUUCAGCAUCUCGUCCUGGGUCAUCGCUGCGUGGACUGUGCGCGUGUGCGAGAGGGAGCACAUGUACCACGACAAACAGGAAGUGACCAGCAACUUCCUGGGGGCCAUGUGGCUCAUCUCCAUUACCUUCCUGUCCAUCGGCUACGGUGACAUGGUCCCGCACACCUACUGCGGGAAGGGCGUGUGUCUGCUCACGGGCAUCAUGGGAGCUGGCUGCACCGCGCUCGUGGUGGCCGUGGUGGCCCGGAAGCUGGAACUGACCAAGGCUGAGAAGCAUGUGCACAACUUCAUGAUGGACACUCAGCUCACCAAGCGGAUCAAAAACGCCGCUGCUAAUGUUCUCAGGGAGACGUGGCUCAUCUACAAACACACCAGGCUGGCGAAGAAGCCUGACCAGGCCCGGGUUCGGAAGCACCAGCGUAAGUUCCUCCAAGCCAUCCAUCAGGCUCAGAAGCUGCGGAGCGUGAAGAUUGAGCAAGGGAAGCUGAACGACCAGGCUUCCACGCUGGCAGACCUGGCCAAGACCCAGCACGUCAUGUACGACCUCGUGUCCGAGCUGCACGCCCAGCAGGAGGACCUGGAAGCCCGCUUGCUGGCCCUGGAAAGCCGCCUGGACGCGCUCAGCUCCUCCCUCCAGGCCCUGCCUGGCCUCAUCGCCCAAGCCAUACGUCCACUCCCACCGCCCCUGCCGUCCCGGCUCUGCCCGGGCACCCCGGACCAGGCUGCCCGGAGCCCUCCAUGCAGCUGGCCGCCUGUGAGCCCUUCGGACUGCGGGUGA